CAGCGGAAGUUCAAUGACGUCACCAAGACAAUUAACUCAAAAGCAGCCGCACAGCAUCGUUGACUUUCUGGGCAGCCAGCGGACGUGUUGAAGAAACCUUCCAUCUUUGUGUGGUCUUAGCUAGCACCUUACCCGCCCUACCUGUUACCUGGCGACCAUUGAGAUAAACAUGGAGAAGAGUGGCGUUAUGGGCACUUUUAUGCUGUGUCCAGGUGCAGUUGGAGAAAGUUCCAUGCCCGUCGCGGGUGGAGACGUUAACGGCAGCACCCCGAAACGACGAUCCGUUGGGCUGGAGGUGAUGCUCCAGGGCGACCUCCCUGCCAAAAGCCAUCCCCCUGACAGUGGCGGAACAUCUACCAUCCUGUUGCGCCAGACUCGCGCCAUCGACGACGUCCUGGACAGAGACACCAGGCGACUCAUCAGCCGCUGUCUCACUAACUUUACUGGCCUGUCCAAGGCUGACUGGAAGCAAAGUAAAGCUCAAUCUACCCUGCAGAAGGUCGUGACAGAGUUGGUGGACAAGCACAGGUUAAAAUACAAUGGCAUCAUCAACCAGCUGUCAUUGGAUCAGAGAGGGUACGACAUGACCUUCGUCGGUGACGUGGCCCAGAGUCUGUUUGCAGACGGGACCACCAACUGGGGUCGCAUCGCCAGCCUGGUGGCCUUUGGCGCCGUGGUGUCUCACUACCUGAUGAAGAAGGAGCAAGCUUGCUGUGUGGAGAUGGUGGCCCAGGAGAUCUCCAACUACCUGCUGUCACACCAGCGCACAUGGCUGGUGGUGCACAAUUCUUGGGAUGGCUUUGCGGAAUUCUUUGAGAAAGCUGACCCCGAGACAAGAGUGAGGAACGCCCUCUUGGCCUUUGUUGGAUUGUCCAGUGUCAUGGCGAUGCUGACCUUUUUGUUGAGAUAAAUUCUACGGGCACUUUUCGUUUCACACUUUUAUUAUACAUUGAAACAGUUUUAUUUUGUUGUUGUGUGUAAGAGAAACAACUUUAGUUUCCUUUUACUUUUUUUGUCCACACUAAAUAUUAAACAUCUUCUUGAAUUGACUCCAUUCACAUUACUGUGUUUGUGUUGGGGACAUUUUUGACGCUGCGCAAUUGCAAAAAGUAGUGUUUCUAAACGAUUAUGCAAAUAUGUUAAAUAAACAAUUUAUUUGAAGUGACACCAUUCAUGCUAUUGUCAUUCUGGUAAAUUUACCCCACCUCCAUGUAUACUUUUCUCAGCCAGCUAAUAGUUAAACUUUUUAAAGUUUGGGCCGUUUAGGCUGUGCUGAGUGAAUUGCAUCAUCUACGUAUAUGUUAAGUCAGCAUCUCCCUAAAAUGGGAGUUGGCAUGACAAUGCGCACUAAAGAUGAAUGCAAACAGCAUCUAAUACGGAUACUUAGCUAAUGUUGUUUUUGGCCAUCCUUUAAUGGAAAAUAGGAUCAUGUGCAUGCAUGCAUGCUUAAGUCUUGACGUGUUAAAAGCUGUGCUGUAGU